AUGUUAUUUUUUGAAAUAGAUAAAAAAAAAAUAUUUUUGUCUCUAUCGAUUGCUAUGUUAGCACUAGUCGGAGACAAAAAUAGUGAAAAUCAAAAUAAUCGAUUGGUAGCUGCCAUUUGUGAUAAUUCAACCCAUGGAUUAAUUGGCGCCUUUACUUGGAUUGGAAUGUUCAUUUCUAAAACUUCAAAUCCUAGCAUUGGAUUUAUUGCUGAAAUUUUAUUAUGUGGAAUGUUUUCUUCUCUAAUGGAUUUAGACCAUUUUGUUGCUGCCAAAUCAUUUUAUCUGAGGGAUGCGGUAAAUUUAAAAAAUAGACCGUUUCUUCAUUGUACAACGUUAAUUUUAAUUAUUGUUUUGUCUCUCUUAUUAAUUUCAAUUUAUCAACAAAUUUCAUGGUUGUACAAAUUCGGAUGGAUUUUAUCAGCGGCAUUUUUUAGCCAUCAUAUCAGAGACAGUAAAAGGCGGGGAUUUUGGUUGUGGCCUUUUGGUUCUACUCCUUCCACUCCUAUCGGAAUUUACAUUAUUCUACAAAUGUUAUUGCCACAUAUAUUUUCUUUAUUUUAUACUAAAAUGAAUUUUUCAAACAAAUUUUCUUCAUCGUACUUUAUUGUAUAA